GUGGGCACACACCCAAGCACCGCACACGGACACGACGCACGCAACACAGAGCACACGCUCACGAAUGGAUGAAUAUACAUACAUACAUAUAGUACAUAGAUACAUAUAUAUAUAUAUGGCCUUUCAUAGAUAAAAGGAUCGAUAAAAGGCUAGGCACGAACAACCAUCCCCAGCCAACUCCCACACUCACCUGGCUGUCAACGCGUGCAGGUGCUCUCUACACCCCUGUCUGGGCGUCGCAAUCAGCUGUGAUUGAUGGGACACGGCCAAAAGAUAUCUGUCCCUGUCACAGCACACGCCGCCGAACGGCGGAAGGGGAAAAAUGAGAGCACACACGAAAAUAAACGCAGCAGAUGGCACGCACACAGACAGGCAGGCAGGCAGGCAUGCAGGCAGGCAGGGAGGGAGGGAGGGAUAAAAGGGCAGGAGUAUCCAUCCGUCCAUCCGCUCCCCGUCUCUAGAUAAAAGACACCCCACCAAGCGAUCACCACAUAUAUGUGUGUAUGCGAUUUCGCAUGUAUGUAUGUAUGCAUGUGGAUACAGGUAGCCCGGCCCAUCCCUUCAUUCGUCCAUCCAUCCAUCCAUCCAUUCACUCGAUUCCCAUAAGGUUGUCGAUGUUGGCAGACGGCACGCAGCUACCGGGCGACCUCUCGCCGUCCACCUCCAUGGCACCACGGCUGUCCUUGCCGCGCCUCUCCCGCCGCCCACGGUUGAUCGCCUGCUUGCGGGGGGCCUGGCUGCUCCUGCCCUUGACGAUGGCCACAGAAGGAGUGCCCUUCGUCAAGGAAUGGACGUCAGGCCCCGAAAACUCAUGGAAUGGAGGCGGGGAAGGGGAGGGGUGUGCGGGCUUGCUCCGCUUGUUGCUGCUGCCCUUGCUGCCGUUGCCGCUGUGUCUGUCGUCGUCGUUCCCAAAGUCUGAGUCGUCGUCGUGCAGCGUCGAGCCGCCGCCCAAUGAGCGGACGGGAACCGUCCGCAUCAUAUAUUUCUCGAUCACCUGCAUCCAUCGAUCGACACAUUCGAUUUGCAUAUUCAUUUGUACGUCCCUUCCAGAGAGCCAGUGUGUGGUGUUCUUUCUGUGCUGCGGUGCGGUGUUGACUCUCCUUCCCACCGACCCACCGACCUGUUUGUCGAUCAUGAGUGAGGUGAUGAUUUCCUUGCGCGUCUUGGCGGACAUGCUGUUGUCCAGGAGCCAGUCGCGGAGGAUCUUCUGCAGGCUCUCGGCAUCGACGGACUCGUCGUCGCCAUCCGAGUACUUGAUGUCGAAGUAGCCACGCUCUCUCACGCCCUCAACACGACCCUGCACACAACGCAACACAACAAUGCACACAAUCCACAGACACCCACGGACUGCGUGAACGCGUCGGGCGGACACCUCAAAGGCGCCCAUCGCAAAUUUCCGCUCGAUUGCGGUCUUGUUGAUGCAGAUGCCCAGCAGGGGAAUCCAGCCUUCCACCGCCUGCCACUUCUCGCCCCCACCGCCCAGCGCCCCACCGACUUCGGACGCUGCACACACACGGACGGACGCGGCACACGACGCGACGGUAAAGGAACGCAUGCUGUAUUGGUGAGUUGGCCGACCUUUUCUGUGGUCAGCCGCGGCGGCCACGGCGAGGCUCUUGUGCUGCAAUGUGCUGCUCUUGUUCUGCCUUUGGCGCCGCUGCUUGUCGCCCUUGCGGCCAGACCCGUCACGCGACCGCACGUUCGUGUAGGCCCGGACCACUGAAUGCACAAUCGUCACAGAGAGAGAGGGAGGGGGGAAAGGAAUGCAUGUGUGGCGUUUGAAUGAAUGAUAUUCAGCAGGCCUCCUUAUUACGUGCGCCGAUGGUGUUUUGGGCGACGUCACGUUCGGUCUGGUCCCUAUUAGCGUCGUAAUCGCGGGCCAGAUGAAGGCACUGCACCCUGCGUGCAGCGCACACACACACAUACACACAUACACACACGCACCGGCGCACGCGUAUGCAAAUAGCACGCGACGCGCACGAGAGAGACUCCUCCUCUGACUCACCACCCCACCCACCGACCCACCUGCAGUUGAUGUGAAGUCCCUCUGGGUCUGCGCCUUUCUUGCGCUUCUUGCAGGCGCCGCACGGCUUGAGCGUCGAGAAUGCGUCGUCACUGAGGUGGGCGCUCUUGAAGCCCCUGACACCCCGGCUGCCCCCCUGCACCAGCGGCUGCUUCAUGUUGCGCGUGCAGCCCCCCUGCACACACAGACACAGACGCAGACAGGGAGACAUAUGUAGGCGGAUGUCCCACAAACAUUCAUUCUCUGGUGCAUCCAUCUGUAGGUUGGGUGACGGACGGGGCGGUGGUCUGCGUUGUAGGCGGCCGAGUGGACGCGACGGAGCCGCCGGACUGAGAGGGGAUGAUUCUUGUUGCCACCCGACACGGCGUCAGCCACACGCCUGACCGACACAGUCAUUCCACAGACAGACAGCCAUGUCGACUCGGGUGUGUGUAGGCGAGUCAGUCAGUCAGUCGCUCACUCGCUAAGCGCCACGCAGUUGGGACAGAACCACUCUACGUCAUCUGCAACAGACACCACAGGAAACAUCAAAUCUUGAGGCGAGUGUGGCUGUCGUCUGUGAGUCGUGCGCAUGCCUCCCUCCCUCCCACCCUCCCUCCCUCCCUGUCUGUCUGUCUGUCUGCCAGCACAGGUACCUGGUGGCGUAUCAUUGGGCUGCAGUCCCAGGCAGUGCAGGUGGAAGGGAAAGGCGCACCCGUCACACACUAUCGAGCCAGUGGCGCCCAGUGGCGGCCCUCCUGCGAUUGAGAUGUCAUCCCUCAUCUGGUCGGACGUGCCGAUGGGGUGGGGGUCGGGCUGCUGACAGAUGCCGCACAGGGUGUGCUCGGGCGACGUCUCGCCAAACGGGUCCUGGUCAAUGGCGUCGGCGUCACUGGAGGCCGGGAUGGCCGGGAUGCCUGCAGUGCGUGGGUAAAUAGGUGCACGUGUGGCUGUGUGUACGGAUGCCGCAUCGCUCACCCUGAGCUUCGGCGCGGAGGAGGCGUGCGGUCAGCAGCUCGUUGCGCAGCCCCCGCAUGGCCAGCUCACGCACACGCUCGAACCACAGACGACCGAAGUCGGCGACGAUCUCAUCCUGACACACAGACAAACACACAGACAGACAGACAGACAGACGGAGAGGCACGAGCCGCGUGUAUCUGUGUGCGCAUGUAUGUAUGUAUGUGUUGGCCAUCCAUUUCUCCACUCACCCCCGGGUAUAUGCGCACUCCGGGAAUGGUACACAACACCACGUGGGGCCACCCGUCCUCGUAUAUCUGGUGCCAGCAGGCGUUGACGUGGAGGUUUUUGGGUCCGUUGGGGUUGGCGCACAGGUCGAUCGCCUCAUAGUGAUUCACCAACGCUGAGCAGCAAAGACACACAUCCACACAGGGAGGGAGGGAGAGUAAGCAAGCCGGCCCCAUGCACACAUUGCGAUGCGAUCGAUGUGCGCGCAUCUUGAACGACCGAACGGACUGACCCAUUUCGUUGUGGAACCGUGACGCGUCCACGACCCACUCGUCAUCGUGUGGCAGCACCAGCUCCUGCUUGCGGCCGCGUGGGCCCCCAACAGACCCAUGGUCGCCGCGGACAGAAGCUACCCGUGACUUGUCGCUGCGGACAGCUCGAGGGUCGAACUCUGCAUACGCGCGUGGGUGUUGCGAGGGGAGCACGUGACAGGACAUGACAUGAGAUGAUUGACGAAUGGGCGGGGCGCGUGUGGUGGGUUGGUGGCGUACCGAGUCUGAAUACGUAAGUGGUGUUCUCCUGCCCCGUUUCGUCCAACUGCGGUUUGCACACCACCCCUGUGUACUCGCCCAGUACCACGGGCAACUGCAGCCAUCCAUCCGCACAAGCCCGCCCCGCCCACACGGCACGGAGCCAGCCAGGCAGGCAGCCAUACGUGAAGACCCACCGGCGCAGCCCAUUCAUUCAUUCAUUCUUUCUUUCAUUCCUUGACUCACCCUAUCGUCAAUAUGUUUGGUGUCGUUGAGGACGAGCGAGUAGCAUUUCUCCGAGAGGGGUGUGGCGAACCUGACAGGGUGUCGGUGGUCUACAAUCUCCACGACAGCCAGGCGGGGGUCGACCCCUCCUUCCAACACACAGUGCGUCGCCGAGUCCCACAGCGCCGCCUGAUUCCGGCAGUGAAUCGUGCCGGACACACCACCAAGACCUGCAUAUCAUCGCACACAGGGCAGGGCAGGCUGUUCAUGCAGCAGUUGUGCAGCUGUCUGUAUGUCUGUCUGUCUGUGUCAUGCAUCUUCGAUCUAUCUAUCUAUCUCCCUCCCUCCCCACCGACAGCCGGACCGACCUGAGGAGAAGAGGUGGGGUUUGUUUCCUCCCUCCCUGCUGCCACUGCCGGCUCCGCGUGAGGCGGCCUGGAUGGUGUGCUUGAGGGUAUCCGAAUCGGGCGUGAGCGCCUGCUUCAGGGCCGGCAUCUUGUUGCGCUCCUUCAGCACCUCCUUGAACUGCACGAGGCGAAAGGCAUUGGAGAUCUCACACCGCGGGCUGCUCGAUGAACAAGAUGACGCCAUUACCGCUAUCUGCCUAUCUAUCUCGAGGAAAGAUGACGCCAAGCUGCAGGUGAGCC